AUGGUUAAAAAACAUUUGCUAACGGAGGAAAAAUCACCGCCGAUGUUUACCAAGUCCCCUGAUGAAGAGCGAUCUCUACAGAUUCUGGAGGACACUGUUAGUUACAGCUCGCGGACGUACACCACGGGAUUGCUUUGGAAAGAUGGGCCCCGUGUAUUUCCAAAUAGCCUGCCAGUAGCAAAACGACGACUCUUAUGCAUGCAAAAGAAAAUGGCAGCAGACCCUCCUUUUGCAAAUGAGCUACAUAGUCAAAUACAAAACUUAAUAGCCAAAGGCUAUGCCAGAAAGUUGGCAGAGGAAGAAGUCGUGGAGAAACCCGAAAAUACAUGGUACUUGCCCAUUUUUACUGUACGAAAUCCACAUAAAUCUGACAGGGUCAGAUUGGUGUGGUACGCGGCAGUUCAAUCAUCGGGAGUAGCCCUAAAUGACUUUCUUUUAAAGGGACCCGAUUUGCUCGUGCCUAUGCAGCAGAUUAUGUAUAACUUUAGAUUGAGAGCAAUUGGAGUGACCGGUGACAUCGCCGAAAUGUUCCAUCGAAUAGCAGUAAGAGAAGAAGACGCUAAAGCACAACGAUUCCUAUGGCAAAAUCUGACAACAGGCGUCGUAGAAACUUUCCAAUUAAAUGUGUUGACAUUUGGAGCCACGUGCUCACCCUGUAUAGCGCACUAUGUGCUCGACCUGAACGAUAAAAAACACGCAAACUAG